AUGCGAGUCACCUCGAUUAUCUGGCUUGCUGUCAGUCUAGCCAAAGCUGAGGACAUCUUGCCCCGAGAGCUACAUGUCUCAAACGGGGUCGCAGCAGCCUGCUCUGAACUUGGAGAGAGCCAUGCCACCUUGACCCUUCUCCCCAACACGGCAGAGUACGACAAAGAAGUUAUCAACGUAUGGGAUAAGAGGUCCAACCUCCUCCCUGGCUGUAUCUUCAGACCUGAGACCGAUUCUCAAGUAGCCUCGGCGCUCCGGAUUUUCCACGCAAACAACGCCCAGUUCGCUGUCCGUGGGGGUGGCCACCUGCCCUACCCGGGAGCGAACAGCAUCAGUGAUGGCAUUCUGGUAGUCUUGAGCGGUCUGAACAAGGUCAUAGUGGAUACUAAAAAGAACCUCGUUGAAGUUGGGCCUGGCAACAAGUGGAUAAGCGUUUACUCAGCUCUGGCACCUCACGGUUUAUAUGCCAUUGGUGGCCGGCUCUCGACAAUUGGCGUAGCAGGCUCCAGCCUCCUGGGUGGAGUCAACUGGUUUCUCAACAAGUAUGGCUUCACCAUGGAUAACAUUGUCAGCUACGACGUGGUGCUGGGCAACGGCACCCUAGUCGUAGCAGAUAAGCGCACAAACCGCGACCUCUUCUGGGCCUUGAAAGGAAGUGCCCUGAACUACGGCGUCGUCACCAAGUUCGUCAUCAAAACAUACAAGAUCCCUCGGGUUACCAGCACCCUUCAGAUCUUCCAGCCGGCCGCAGCACCUGCCUUCAUCAAGGCCGCUUGCGACCUAGCUCUCUCAGAGAAUGGCGCCGUUGGCGCCGGCGCUGUCAUCAAUAUCAACUAUAACGCGACGACCAAAACCGCCACGCCGCAGGUCUUCGGUCUCCAGGAAACUACCAAGUCCCCGCCUUCUCGUUUCGCCAACUUUACCGUCAUUCCUGAGGUGGUGACUCGAGUUCAUAAUGUCACCACUCCGAUAGCUUGGCAGUCAGCGCAGGCGUCUCCGAACCAGUUGUUCCGCAUUUCCUUCGGCCAUCAUACUAUCAAGCCAGACGCCAAGAGACUCAUCGAGAUUUACAACGCGUGGAUUGAUGCAAUCCAAGAUGUAGCCGACGUUCCCGGGAUCCGUCCUACGCUCAUUCUUAACCUUGUUCCACGAUCUGCAGCAACUGUGGGUAAGAAUAACGGCAUUGGAAACGCCUUUGGCCUAGACAAUAAGCAACCAUAUAUCUGGUGGCAACUUUCGACUGCUUGGGCCCGUCCCGAAGACGACCUCAGAGUGACAACCUGGGCCAGGUCGUUCCUCGAGCAUUUCCAUGCCCAGAAUAAAGCUCUGGGACUCUCUACUGAGCUUCUCUACGGCGGCGAUGCGGCUGACUACCAAAACCCGCUGCUCACGUACCCGAAGGAGAACCAGGAGAAGUUGAGACGUAUCAGAGAUGUGUACGACCCAGACUUCGUGUUCACGCGUCUCAACUGGGGUGGGUUCAAGCUGGGAUACUAA